GUAAGUGUAGGUGGAGGGCUGAGUGGGGAGAGCGGGAGCGAUGGAGGAAUGCUCUGAGGUGAACCAUGACGAAAUUAGCGCAGUGGCUGUGGGGGCUGGCGCUCCUGGGCUCCACCUGGGCGGCCCUGACCAUGGGAGCCCUGGGCCUGGAGCUGCCCUCAUCUUGCCGGGAGGUCCUGUGGCCGCUGCCCGCCUACUUGCUGGUGUCUGCCGGCUGCUAUGCCCUGGGCACUGUGGGCUAUCGCGUGGCCACUUUUCACGACUGCGAGGACGCCGCCCGCGAGCUGCAGAGCCAGAUCCAGGAGGCCCGAGCCGACUUGGCCCGCAGGGGGAUGCGCUUCUGACACCCUAACCCCGUUAUCGCCCGGACAGCCUGCUCUCCCAUCCCCCAUUAAAGCGCCAGUUUAUUUUCUAA